AAUAAGGGAGAACACGCGCUGUACAUACACAGUCUGGACUAACGAGGCGUGGCCAUUGGCAGGUGAUCUGCAGUGAAGAUAGCAACGUCGUGCACUUUAUUUUAGGAUUUUUUUCUCUCGGAGAUCAACAGAUUUACCCUGCAAUAUGCCUAAGUGUCCUAAAUGCACCAAGGAAGUUUACUUCGCGGAGAGGGUGACCUCCCUGGGGAAGGACUGGCACAAGCCGUGUCUGAAGUGUGAGAAGUGCAACAAGACUCUGGCAGCGGGCUCGCACGCAGAGCAUGAAGGAAAACCCUACUGCAACAACCCCUGUUACUCAGCGCUCUUUGGACCCAAAGGUUUUGGGCGUGGGGGCACCGAGAGCCACACAUUCAGCAACUAAACCCUGGGAAAGAUGAUCCCUUCUUAGGCUACUCAAAGGAGAAUGGCUGCCCAGAGACAGAGAGAAGACAACACUCAAGUCACCUUGUAAUCUACAUGCUUUUAAACCAAAGAAAAGUUUGACUAAAAUAUUUCUUGUUUCAUAAUUACAAGUCAUUCAUUAGCUCAUCAUCGCUUGUUGUAUUUGUUUGAACGUACCAGGCUGUAGCUGACUGUGAAGGCCUGAAUUUUUUCACCUGUACUUCAAAAGCUUUUAUAAUAAUUACUUAAAUCCAUUUGUUUGCUUUUAAAUUUCCAUCAAUUAAAAUAAUUUACCCAGAA